AUGUCUACAAAUAUGAAUUCAGUUGAAGAAUGGACGCGUUUCGGAUCGAACAACACACAAAUCGAUUAUAAUAAUGAGUUGCCUUUAAAUAUAAACCAUGUCAUGAGACAAUUGUCACGAAAAAUGUGUAAACAGUACCUCCUUCUAGAUGACUGUAAUGAAAUGAAAUCUGUAAAAGAACUAGGCGAGUCACUGAAUAUUGUCAGUUCGCGAUCAAAUACAGUUUUGUAUGCAAAAUUUAAAAGUGACAACCAAUCAGGAAAUCAUGAUAAAUUGAAACAGUCUCAUACAAAGAAUGGUUAUAAAGUCCUUGACGAUUUCGGGAGAUAUCAAUAUAAGGAUUUUGGAUAUGGUAUAAGUGAGAUAAAUGGUGAAAAUUUGGAGUACAUUCUCAAUGAUAGACACAGAAAAUCACCAGACAACCAAGUUUAUGACAAUAUUUUUCCAAAAAACAAAUUAACCUAUCGGCGAAAUGGUAAAAAAUUUGCCAGUACUCAAGUUGUAGACCAGCGCAAAUAUUGUAAAACUCCGAAAUCAUAUUCGUCAAGUACUUGUUCAUGUUCGUCCAACUGUGGAAAAAAAUUUAAUGGCGCUCUAACAACACGUCAUCCGGAAAUAGACUUAAACAAAUUGAUCCAACAACCAAGAAACGAUGAUGAUCAUAAUACAAGUAUUAUCAACAAUGUAAAGACCACUGGUUUCUCAAGAAGUACUACACCUUUCAGUUGGAUCGAGUUCCCAGUAUUGACAAACGUUUUUACUAAUCUCUUAUCAAAUCAAAAAGACUCUGCUUGUGAAUCAGAUAAUGGUUCUUCACUAAAUGAUGAAUUACAUCCACUUAAAAACCCGCUUGAGUUUCUCAAAUCAUCAUCCUAUCAGUCAUUACCGAAAAUUAUUAACGACUCAGCAUAUACAUCUGUCAUGUGGAAAAGUCUAGUGAAACUAUUGAACCAGUUGAUCAGUGAAGAACGUUUAUUUUGGCAUGAAAAAUUACUGAACAGAAAUAAAUUUAACAAUUUAGAGGUCGAUACAAUUGAUGUUAAAUCUUUGCUCAGUGAUAUUGAUCGUUUUUAUUCAGAAGAAUUCCGCCUGUUAUGGAAACAAAUAUAUGAAAGUUGGGUUCCGCGUGAUUAUCUGCAAUACUUUUCAGAUGAAACGAGAAAAGUAUUUAUCAAUUUGAAUCUUGUUAUUCAAAAAUUGCUUCUAUUCAUUGAGAAAGGGAAUUGUGAUAUAUCAUCGUUACAUUCAGAGAUCAGUUUCAAUCACGAAGAAGAUAAUUUGGAAAAUUUUGACGGUUUUAAAAGUUUUCCGAAGAAGUGUUUCACUAAUCAACAACAACAACAACAACACAAUAACAAUUAUCAUUCCAUGAAUAAUGAUGAGCAGAGUCUUAAUAAUGGACGACUGUUUAAUAGUCAACACUUGGAAACCAAUGAAAACAGAAUAAGUUUUAAACAAAUGAGAGAAUUAUUAAAACUCAGCCAUCAACAGCUUUUAGAACAAAUUUAUCAUGUGACCGAGAUGGUGGGUGCUGCACUGGACACAGACAUGGAAGAUGCAAUCAACGGAGUACAUAUUUCUGCUGUUACCAAUCAUAAACACAUCAAUGAUGAUAUUCAGACUAGUCACAUUGGGAACAAUAAUAAUUUCACACCAAGUGAUCUGCUUACAAAUCCAUCAACUCCAGGUUUACAAGUUGUGGCUAAAUUGCUCAGUGCUAUACUUGAUUUAGAAACACGUUUAGACACAAUAUGUGUAAAUCAAAUUAUAGCAGAGAAUAUAACAAACUCUGACAUCACAUUCGAUUCUGAUCAAUGUGCUGCAAAUGAUUUAAAACAUACCUCUGGCUCAUCUUCACCUGGACCCAAUUCGUCGUCAGUGAAACAAGAAUUUAAUAGUUUUCAGAUGGAAGAUUUUCAAAAUCCUCACUGCAUGAAUGUAAAUGACAAUAGGUCAGAAAAUGAAAGAUAUAAAAUAGAAUGUUUAAGAUCUUCUUCAGGGGAUGAUGAUGAAGGAGACAAUUUCACAAACGGAAAACCAUGUGACUUAAAUGAUGAACUAGGGUAUUUUGAUGGAAUGUGA